AUGAGCGCAAUGCUGAGAGUGUGCCAAGUGGCCCGAGCGCUGGGGUACGGAGGGCUCUGCGGGAGCCCGCGCGCCGGGGCCGGGGCGCGUGCCAGUCGGCACUUUGGCAAACUUGGUCAACAGGCCCAGGUGGCCCACUUGAUCCUGGAGGAUGGUACGCAAAUGAAGGGCUUUUCCUUUGGACACGAACAAUCUGUCGCUGGGGAGCUGGUGUUCAACACGGGCCUGGUGGGGUACCCCGAGGCGCUGACGGACCCAAGCUACAGAGGCCAGAUCCUUACACUCACCUACCCUAUUGUGGGCAAUUACGGUGUGCCGGACACACAGGAGCUGGACCCUCUCGGUCUGAGGAAACACGUAGAGUCUGACCGUAUCCAGGUGUCCGGCUUGCUGGUGCAGGACUACAGCCACGAGUACAGCCACUGGAACUCCGUCAAGUCUUUGGCGCAAUGGCUGCGAGAGGAGAAGAUCCCUGCAUUAUAUGGAGUGGACACCAGGAUGCUAACCAAGAUUAUCCGGGACAGGGGAACUGUUUUGGGGAAAAUUGAAUUUGAUGGGCAGUUGAUAGAGUUUUCAGACCCCAAUGAGCGAAAUCUAAUUGCAGAGGUGUCUACUAAGGAGCCGCAAGUGUUUGGCAAAGGCAACCCUCUCAAAGUGGUCGCGGUGGAUUGUGGCAUCAAACACAACAUCAUCCGUCUAUUAGUUAAGAGAGGAGCAGAAGUCCACCUGGUACCUUGGGACCAGGACCUGCUUAGCUUGGAGUAUGAUGGCGUAUUCAUAUCCAAUGGGCCUGGGAACCCUGCCCUGGCUGGACCCCUCAUCCAGAAUGUUCGUAAGGUCCUGGAGAGCGAGCGCCCCGAGCCUGUGUUCGGCAUCUGCAUGGGAAACCAGAUCACUGCUCUGGCAGCGGGGGCCAAGUCCUUCAAGCUGCCCAUGGGCAACAGAGGCCAGAACCAGCCAGUGCUGAACUUGAUGACAGGCCAGGCAUUUAUCACAGCCCAAAACCAUGGCUACGGCAUCGACAGCCAGACCCUGCCUCCCGGCUGGAGUCCGCUGUUUGUCAACGUGAAUGAUGGCACCAAUGAGGGCAUCGUGCAUGAGGAUAAGCCCAUCUUCACCGCACAGUUCCACCCCGAGGCCAAAGGGGGCCCUACUGACACCGAGUUCCUCUUUGACACCUUCAUCUCCCUGAUAAGGAAGUGGAAGGGUGUGAAAAUUGCAACAGCGAUGCCCCAGAAGAGUGCGAUUCCCCCGCGAGUUCAGGUGUCCAAGGUGCUGGUGCUGGGCUCGGGCGGCCUGUCCAUUGGCCAGGCGGGAGAGUUCGACUAUUCUGGCUCCCAGGCUGUCAAAGCCAUGAAAGAGGAGAAUGUGAAGACUGUCCUGAUGAACCCCAACAUCGCUUCAGUUCAGACCAACGAACUGGGCACCAAGCAAGCUGACUCGGUCUACUUCUUGCCCGUGACGCCCGAGUUUGUCACAGAGGUCAUCAAAUCUGAGAGACCAGAUGGCAUUCUGCUCUCCAUGGGUGGGCAGACCGCCCUGAACUGCGGUGUUGAGCUGUUCAGGAGUGGGGUCUUGCAGCAAUACGGGGUGAAGGUGCUGGGAACCCCCGUGGAGUCCAUCAUGGCCACGGAGGACCGACAGCUGUUUGCUGACAAACUGCUCGAGAUCAAUGAAAAGAUUGCGCCCAGCAUCGCCGUGGAGACGGUGGCAGAUGCCCUAAAGGCGGCAGAUGAGAUAGGCUAUCCUGUUAUGCUGCGCUCCGCAUAUGCCCUGGGGGGGCUCGGCUCUGGCUUGUGUGCCGACAUGGAGAAGCUGGAGGAGACUGCAACAAAAGCCUUGGCUUUCAGCAGCCAGAUACUGGUGGAGAAGUCGCUGCUGGGCUGGAAGGAGGUGGAGUACGAGGUGGUCCGAGAUGUGGCCAACAACUGCGUCACGGUCUGCAACAUGGAGAACUUUGACCCGCUGGGCAUCCACACAGGGGACUCGAUCGUGGUGGCGCCCAGCCAGACGCUGUCGAAUGAGGAGUACCACAUGCUGCGAGAAACGGCCAUCAAAGUGGUGCGUCACCUGGGCAUCGUGGGCGAGUGCAAUAUACAGUACGCGCUGCACCCAUCCUCGCUGGAGUAUUGCAUCAUUGAGGUGAACGCACGCCUCUCCCGCAGCUCAGCCCUUGCCUCCAAGGCCACUGGAUACCCUCUGGCAUUUGUGGCAGCCAAGCUGGCACUGGGCAUCCAGCUGCCCGAUAUAAAGAACGCUGUGUCAGGGAAAACCACAGCCUGCUUUGAGCCCAGCCUGGACUACAUUGUGACCAAGAUCCCGCGCUGGGACCUCGACCGCUUCCAGGGCAUGUCGCUGGAAAUCGGCAGCUCCAUGAAGAGCGUGGGCGAGGUGAUGGCGGUGGGACGUACUUUUGAAGAGAGCAUCCAGAAGGCCCUACGCAUGUGCCACCCAUCAGUAGAUGGCUUUGUUCCCUGUCUGCCCCUAAAGAAGGCCUGGGCUGCUGGACAGGACCUGAAACAGGAGCUGGCUAUUCCCUCCAGCACCCGCAUCUUCUCCUUGGCCAAGGCACUUCACAGUGGAAUGAGUGUGGACCAGAUCCACAAGCUCACAGCCAUAGACAAGUGGUUCCUGUAUAAACUGCGUCGCAUCACUGAGCUGGAGCGGCAUCUCGGCCAGUACAGCAGCUCCACAGUGCCUCAGGAUCUACUGCUGAAGGCCAAGCAGGAUGGCUUUUCAGACCGGCAGGUGGGCCGAGCCUUGGGGGGCACGGAGGGCGAGGCCCGAUCUCUCAGGCUAUGCCACGACAUUCGGCCAUGGGUGAAACAGAUUGACACCCUCGCUGCAGAGUACCCGGCUGUAACCAACUAUCUGUACUGUACCUACCAUGGCCAGGAGCAUGACCUGGAUUUCACUGACCAGGGAGUCAUGGUGCUAGGGUGUGGCCCCUACCAUAUUGGCAGCAGUGUGGAGUUCGACUGGUGUGCCGUGUCCAGUAUCAGAGCCUUGCGGCAGAUGGGCCGGCGUACGGUGGUGAUCAACCACAACCCAGAGACGGUCAGCACAGACUUUGAUGAGUGCGACCGCCUCUACUUUGAGGAGCUCACGCUUGAGCGCAUCCUUGAUAUCACACAGCAGGAGGGCUGCAUGGGCAGCAUAGUCUCUGUUGGUGGCCAGAUCCCCAACAACCUGGCCAUGCCGCUCCACCUUAAUGGUGUGAACAUCCUGGGAACCAGACCAGUGCAGAUCAACCGGGCCGAGGAGCGCUCCAUCUUCUCUGCCAUCCUUGAUGAGCUGGAUGUGGCACAGGCACCAUGGAGGGCUCUUAGCUCCCUGGAAGACGCUCUUUCCUUUGCCGGUGAAGUGGGAUACCCAUGUCUCCUGCGACCUUCCUAUGUCUUGAGUGGCUCAGCCAUGAAUGUUGUUUAUGGGCAGGAGGAGAUGAAGUGCUUCCUAGAAGAGGCUACACAAGUGUCACAGGAACACCCAGUGGUCAUCACAAAGUUUAUUCAUGGAGCCAGAGAGGUGGAGGUGGAUGCUGUGGCCAAGGCAGGCAAGGUGCUAGCCCACGCCAUCACGGAGCAUGUGGAGGAUGCCGGGGUCCACUCUGGUGAUGCCACCCUUAUGUUGCCCACCCAGACCAUUAGCCAGGGGGCCCUUGAGAAGGUGAAAACUGCCACCCGGAAGAUUGCUAAAGCAUUUCAGAUCUCAGGACCAUUCAACACGCAGUUCCUGGUCAAGGGCAAUGACGUCAUGGUUAUCGAGUGCAACUUACGGGCCUCCCGCUCCUUCCCAUUUGUCUCCAAGACCAUCGGUGUUGACCUCAUCAAUGUAGCUACUAGGGUGAUGGUGGGGGAAUCGCUGGAUGAUUUAAGACUUCCCUCACUGGAAAACCCUAUCAUCCCUGUUGAUUACGUGGGCAUCAAGGCGCCCAUGUUCUCCUGGCCCCGUCUGCGAGAUGCCGACCCUGUCUUGCGCUGUGAGAUGGCCUCUACCGGAGAGGUGGCCUGCUUUGGCCCAAACAUUUACUCUGCCUUCCUGAAGGCUAUUCUGUCUACUGGCUUCAAGCUGCCACAGAAGGGCAUCCUGAUUGGGAUCCAGCAUUCAUUUCGACCACAGUUCCUGGCCACUGCACACCAGCUGAAGGACGAGGGUUUCAAGCUAUACGCCACUGAGGCCACCUCUGCCUGGCUUAAUGCCAACGAUGUGCACACUACUCCUGUGGCCUGGCCAAGCCAGGAAACAAAGGAUGCCAGCUUACCUAGCAUUAACAGAUUGAUCAGCGAAGGCCAAAUCGAUCUGGUGGUGAACCUCCCAAACAACAACACCAAGUUUGUGCGUGACAACUUCCUCAUCCGCAGGAUGGCAGUUGACCAUGGUGUUCCCCUUAUUACCAACUUCCAGGUUGUCAAACUGUUUGCUGAGGCCAUCAAGCACACUAGUGAGCUGGACACGACCAGCCUGUUCCACUACCGCCAAAGAGACAUCCAGCAGCAGGAUAGAAUCCCAGGAAUCCAAGUGUAGUGACCGCUAUGGAGCCACCACGACCCCCCAUCCCGCAUCAGUCCGCCUUCUGGGUCCAAGACAAGUUUGUACGGAUGGACCUUUGCAGACACCGUCUCUGUGGCUUUGACCAUAUUUGCAGAUGUGAUCAUUUCAGCUUCAAAAUGAAAUUAAUUCAGCUAAGUGGAGCACUAACAAUUCCAUUUAGCUCUAAUGACCAUUGCUAAAGUGACCUUAGUGAAGCCUCUCUGUAGCAGUUAAUGUGUCCCUCGGCCUAAUAGUGUCCAUUGUGCUCAAAGACAGCGACGAGGACAAGCUUUUUUUUAUGCUUAAUAGACAUCAGUGUUUAAUGUAUUAUAUACCUACAUGUUGUCAGUUUACUUGGUGUCAGUGAAAUAAAUA